UAUAAACGAAAUAGUUCCCAAUAAAAGCGCGGGGAUUUGCUAUUAAAAUAUGGUGGGGGAAAAUGGUGGCCAUUUAGCCGAGCGCUAGGCUGAUUUAUUAUUUAUUGUUCUGUCCCACGGUCACGUGUUUGGGGCGCCCUAUCCAGUCUUGGGCAAGGUUCAACUUACUGGACGCAUUGAGUUUCUUGCUGGCGCACGACAGCAGCAGCUUAUCAUGCAAUGAAACGUUUUUUUCUAAACGCUGCAGGACUGUAGAGUGCCGUCUUCUUACUUUGCGUCUUUGCAAUGUCGACGUUGGGGACCAGUUAUUACAUUGACUCGCGCAUUCUUCCCGAGCAGGAAGAUAUGGCACCGAGGUAUUCCUCGUCAGCUGCAGGGGUGGAGCAGGCGGUGGUCACCGAAUAUGGCGGACAGGAGUCUUGCCCAUUGCAGGCGAAAUCUUCUAUUUUUGGUGGCUCUUGGAGUGCCAUCUCGGCCCACCCUCCAAACACGGCCGCUCCGACAUAUAUACAUCACCCUUACGCAAGUGGGGACAGCGAUGGCAUGUUUACGCGCUCUUGGGCGCUGGAUCCGGUUUCUGCGUCCCUGUGUUUGACGGGAUUACCAUCGACAGGCAUGCACUAUGAGAUAAAACCGGAACCCCUGAUUGGGAGUGCGGAAUGCACGACUUUGGAGACGCACACGCAUCUUUUGUCUGACAUUGAAAACGGUGCGUCUCUUGUGGAGAUUCCCUGCGAAACUGCGUCUAAAGCCACUGAAGAGAAUCCGUCAGUAGAGGAAAAAAGGGAGGUGGAUCCAAAUAACCCGUCAUCCAACUGGCUUCACGCAAAGCCCACCAGAAAAAAACGUUGCCCGUAUACAAAGCAUCAAAUCCUCGAACUGGAAAAGGAGUUUCUGUUUAACAUGUACCUUCCCCGGGAUCGUAGAUACGAGAUAGCGAGACUGUUGAAUUUGACCGAGAGACAGGUAAAAAUCUGGUUUCAGAACCGCAGGAUGAAGAUGAAGAAAGAAAACAAAGAUCGGCGAAGAGACAGUUAACUGUUUUCAUUUUUUCUUUUUCUUUUUUUUCUUGGACAGACCUGGGAUUAGAGCCUGUUUGGGAGGGGAGGGGUGAGGGGUUGAAAGGGAAAACUGGUGUCUGUCCUUAAUGUUCCUGUAACACAUGUUGUUGUAAAGUUAGUGCUGUUGAAACAAUGCUGGGUGUUUUUUUUUCUUAUAAUAUCGAGAGGAACAAGUGUUUUAUGAGAACUUAGAUGUGUUGUACUGCCGCACACAGAUAGCUACCUUAGGCCAUUUGUUAUUUGCAUGAAUCUGUUGACUACCUGAAUGUCUUUCAGCUACCUGUUUGCAUUAUUUAAGUUAUUGUUUUGGUAACUUGAUAUUGUUUUUUUAAUAUUAAGAUUUUGAUGCAUUUGUGAACAUACUGCGCACACGGAAAAUACCUCAUCGUUCUUGAUUUCACCUAAAAUAAAGUGUAGUUUG